AUGACGAAACUACUUGCCUCAGACAACGAUGCUGUAAACUCGAGAGACAAUGAGGGUCGCACACCGCUCUUUUGGGGAUCGUCAGAAGGCCACAACAACAUCGUCCAGACGCUUCUCGACAAGGGCGCAGAUGUCAACGCUCAAGGUGGCCGCUAUGGCAACGCUCUCCAGGCUGCAUCGGAUAAAGGCCACGACAACAUCGUCCAGAUGCUUGUCGACAAGGGCGCAGAUGUCAACGCUCAAGGUGGCGUCUAUGGCACCGCUCUUCAGGCUGCAUCGUCAGGAGGCCACAACAACAUCGUCCAGAUGCUUCAGGAACGGUGCGCAAACCAGCUGCUUGAAGAUGGUGCGCCGACGAAAUGGGUGUGA